UCAACCGUGUUGCCGGUUUUCCAGCAGCAACGGGCUAUCGGCUGUUAAGCAAAAAAGGAGCGACAGAGGAGAAGUUAAGAGAAGUUAAAGAAGGGGGCGUUACGCAUGCGCGUUAAUACUCUUAUCGAACGUCAGAGGGGUAACUAGGUGACGCGGCGCUGUCAGUAUAGUAUCAAGUUGUAUAGUGGGGGUAUUCAGUCAUAACUACAUUGAGUCUAAAGCAUGGUUGUUUAAAUGGUGGGGAUAUGAAAUUCCGACAAUCGAGCUGAAUUUGGUAUAUCGAACACCGAAGGGGGAUGGCGCUCAAGUCGUGAGCAGUCGCCGUCGCGCCAGAAACUUGUUCCAGUUCGAGCAGUCGCAAUUCCGUCGCCUAACCAGCAUUGCUCGCCUCUUUACCUUUCACCCUCUUGUAAACGCAUCGAGGCUUUUCGCCGCAAAGCUGCAUCAAUUUGCCCGUGUUCCCCGUUUCCCCCACUUCCCUGAAGCCUCAUCACCGCCACCGCCCCUUCCUGUCACCUCUCGGUCGCGUCGUUGUUCAAAGAUUGUCGUAACGCGCCCAUCGUUGGCGCUCAGUCGCGAGUGGUGUUAAAACGCUGGUGAGAAAAUAAUUCAACAUUUUACUUUAAAAUAGUCAUUACAAUUGGAAUCGUGAUCAUUAAGUUUACAUUUUUAUUCAAGUAUUAGUCAAAUAAACAUUGUUUGUGAAAUCAUCAUUAUUUAUCAAUCAUCAACAAUAUUGUCAUAAAACCAAACAGGAAGGAUACUAUAAUUCCAGUACAAGGCUGAUAUGAAACGACGAAACACCAAACGUGAGCAUUUGGGCCGGCGUUUUCAGUGAGAUAGAGUGUAGUCACGUCGCAGUGUCAAUUUCACCGCUUGGGCACGGUUUAAAAAAGUACCAGAGUACGGCCGCGGCACGUGCCAGGAGUGGACCGAAUAAAUGACGUAAAUCUGAGGAACAGAAAGGGACGUAACGCUAACUCGCUGGUCCCCCCAUCCCUCUCUAUUCCUUUUACUCUAUCUUCAUCUCUCUUUCUUUCUCUCUCCUUCUUUUCUUGUUUCCUAUAUUUUUUACAUCCUCCCAUCGUCCGCAAACUGGCCACAUUGUUUGACCCCAUCUGCAACCCAACUCGACCUUCCGACUCAUCUCUAUAACGACUUACCAUCGCAUUCACUUCUUCCAUCUUUUUUUGUCCAUCAUCAUUCCUUGCUUUUUAUCUUUCAUUAUCAUAACCCAAUUCGCACAUCCUCUUUCCUUUUAUACAGCUCCAGUGCAGUCACCAGUCCUGCAACUAAAAGCGAGACACAUCAAGACAGCCUGCGCAAAAAUCAAUAGACAGAGAAUUAAUCGGUUUCAUCACGUUAAAAACGGGGAAUUAAUCUUCUCACUUUCUGUCUCUUUAUAUAUAUAUAUAUACAUAGAUAUAUAUAUAUACUCUCUGUCUAUACACCUGCUGUUGCUAAAACGCGCCUAGUGAAGUGCACUCGCCGGCCAUUCAGCUUCCAAGCUUUUCCCGGGCUUUGGUAUUGAAAAAAUCAUUCAGAUUAUACUGUGGGACGUCGCUUCUAUUCAUCGUCACAGAUGCUAUUCAUUGAUCUCCGUUUUAAUAUGGCCUAUACUAAUUAGAAGACAAAAGAGAAUUACAGUGAUUACAAAGAGAAAAUAAGACGAAAAAAGAAAGAGAUAAAGAAUUUUUUUGUGCUUUGAAAUAAAACACCGUAAAACACCAAAUAUCGACUGUGUGCAAAAAGGACAGCUUUAACCAAUUUAAUCUUUGUAAAUGAAUUUUUUGAGGAGUGAUAAUUAAACAUACCUCACUAUUCUACUAUUAAGUGGAACUUUAGAUUGAAUAUAUUAAUAAAUAUUACUAACGAAUCAAGUUAUUCUAUCAGUCAAGUGAGUCAAGAGAGAGAGAGAAAAAAAAAUAUUGUUUUAAUAAAUAUUUAAAGUGUGUAAAGAAUAAUAAUCAAAACUGAAUCGAGCAAUUACGAGACAAAACGAAAUAACAAAUAUAAGAAAAACACAUACACACACAAAUCAUUUGUCAUAUUUAACGAGAAAAAAUCAUAAAGCCAGUUCGAAUGGUGAUAAUAAAUCUAGUAUGAUUGAUGAUUGAGUCAAAAAAAAUCAAGAAUUGUUGAAGAAAGUGUGGACGAGUAAAUACACGUACGUUUAAUAAUAAUCCUUGCUGUAUUUAUUCCUACAACAGAUAAAAAAUAUUUAUUUUUUUUAUCAUUAUUAUACGCCAAGAGUGAAUGGUGAGGACGACUGUAGAUAUACUAUGUCAUUAACACACGACGUUAUUUCUUAUAUAUAUUCUUAACUCAAUCAAUGCAAAUAAAAAUAUUUAUAGCCAAAAGCAGAAUAUAAACAUUGUUCGAUUAUACACAAAAACAAAUAAAUAUUAACAUUAUUGGUGCAUGUUAAUUUGACGACGUUGUAAAAGAGAGAAAUAGUGAAAAACGUCAAGAUAAUUAAAUUCAUCAACUACGAACGGAAGAUGGCAAUGGUCAACAUGAACAACUUACUUAAUGGUAAAGAUUCACGUUGGUUACAAUUGGAGGUGUGUCGAGAGUUUCAACGCAACAAGUGUACCAGGCCUGAUACAGAGUGUAAAUUCGCUCAUCCACCAGCCAACGUCGAGGUACAAAAUGGACGGGUUACCGCUUGCUACGACAGUAUCAAGGGGCGAUGCAACCGAGAGAAACCACCCUGCAAAUACUUUCAUCCUCCCCAGCAUUUAAAGGAUCAAUUACUUAUCAAUGGCCGUAAUCAUUUAGCAUUAAAAAAUGCACUUAUGCAACAAAUGGGUCUUACACCAGGACAAGCACUUGUACCUGGUCAGGUGCCGACAGUGGAGGGUCAACCUCCUCCGUCAUCUACGCACCAUCACCUCCAACAGCAAAUCCAGCAACAACUUCUCGCUACCCACGCCUUUAUGCAUUUCUUUGUUUCACAGGCUACCAAUCCGUACCUGACUGGAAUGCCGCAAGUAAAUAACACGUACACGCCAUAUUUCACACCAAGUCCAAUAAUGCCAGCUAUAAUGGGGCCAGCUGACCCCACGGGGGUUGGUAGCCCGCUCGGAGUGGUGCCGCAGACAGUAGCGAUGCCGCAGAAAUUGGCACGAACAGAUCGUCUCGAGGUAUGUCGCGAGUUUCAACGUGGGGCGUGCAAACGCGGCGAGACGGAGUGCCGGUUUGCGCACCCCCUCGAGACGGUGCAGGCGAACGAGGACGGUUCUGUGACGGUCUGCAUGGACGCUGUCAAGGGCCGAUGCAAUCGGGACCCCUGCCGCUAUUUCCACCCCCCUCUGCACCUUCAAGCCCACAUUAAGGCCGCACAAUCUCGGGCUAGCAUUGCGACCGGACAGUUGUCGACCGGGAGUGUGCCCGGAAUUGGUGCAAUCGCUGGCGGUGUGUCAGGUGUACCAACAUCAGCAGUACCUGGAGGACUCCAGAACGCGAGUAUGGCAGCAAGCAUUGAGCUCGGGAAGAAGCGGAUGCGUGACACCAAUGAUGAUCUGCUAAUGAUGGAUUCAAAAUCGUUUGGAUCGUUCUACUACGAAAAUUUUGCCUUUCCGGGAAUGGUACCUUAUAAACGUCCAGCUGGAGACAAGUCUGGUAUGCCAGUUUAUCAGGCAACUGGUGCAACAACCUAUCAACAAUUAAUGCAGUUGCCGCAGCCUUUUGUGCCUGUGUCAUGUGAGUACGCUGGAACACCAUCCCUUCCUCAAACCUCUAAUCAAACAGUUACAAAUACCCAAAAUUUAAUAGUCUCUCAAGCUAGUGUGAAUACAACGACUGAGACUAACGGUAUCCUAGUUGAUCCUAAUAAUCCACCUCCACCGCCUACAAAUAAUAGUUCAGGUGGUGGUAAUGGAGGAGGCAGUAAUGACGCUAAAAAAAUAUUAAGUAAUCAUGAAAUUGAAAAUGCUCAUAACUCUCCCGAAUUAAAUCAUACCAGUUCACCACAGGUAAGCCAAUUAACGGCUCAUCCAGUUUCUACAGCAACUAUGAGUUCUAUGGCUAAUCUCACAUCAGUCCCUAAUGUUACAAAUCUCUGUUCAAUGGCAAAUAUGACAUCUAUGGCCAAUAUGUCAUCAAUGGCAUCAAUAGCAAAUAUGCAUCAAGUUAAUUCAAUGGCCAACUAUACUAUGGCCAAUAUGGCUAAUCUAAAUGUCCUUAAUACGCUUGGGAUGGCACCAAGUUUUGCAUCAAUGGAUCCAGCAAUUCUUGCUAAAGAGGUUGCUCAGAAAAAUUAUGCUAAAGCUAUUAAAUUAUCACAAACAUCACAACAAUAUGGAAUAAAUCCUUUAUCUGCAUUGAAUUAUACUGGUGUUACUUUAAAUAAACAAGCUUUAUCAAUGAGUCCUCAAAGUGCAGCUGCUGUUGCUGCGGCUGCCGCUGCUGCUGCUGCAUCAAGCAAUGCUCCAAGGCAAAUGCUUCCUCCUGGACUUGCAGGUAUUCCAGCAGGUACUGCUUUAGCUUCUACUCUACCUGCUAGUUUACUUCAUUAUCCAAGACCUCCUAGUGCUACGACUACAAUCAAUCCUUAUUCACUGAUUAGACAACAUACAAUCUUGCCUUCACCAUAUGUACAAGCUUCUUUAUCUGGCAUGCAAAAUGCCACAACCAUCCAACAAGCAACGAAUCCCUAUAUGCAGAAUCCAUAUGCAAUGCUUCCGGGUAUGGCAGCAGCAGCGGCUAUUCAUGGUGUCGCUGGAAUGUCUGGUGUUACCCCUGGCGUACCAGGAAUACCUCAAUUACAAACUGCUAAUCAAGCAACGAUAGCCACACAGCCACAAGUUGCUAUCCCUGUUAGCACUGGUGUCAUUAUGCAGCCUUAUAAAAAAAUGAAAACUACAUAAAUAGGGAAAAUAAUUUAUCAACUCUUAGCUAGGGCUAAUUAAUAAAUAAUUACUUGUUUCUAUUAAAACAAAAAAAAAACAAAAAUGCAUGCA